AUGAGUAAUUUGAAUAUGAACGAAGCUAGUGGUACUAGUCAUAAUGAUAAGGAAAAUAAAAAUACGAGUGAACAAAAAACUGAUGAUUUUCACCAAAAUAAAGAAAUAGACGAGAAGUUAUCUAAAAGUGAAAUUAAAAGGAGUACAAAAAUUGAGGAAAAUUCAAUUAAUAAAGUAGAUAAUAUCGGGUCUUCAUCAACAAUUACUAAAGAUACAAAAAUAGAUUUAACGGAUAAAGUCUUUCUGAAUGUUAGCAAUAAAAAAAAAGAACAGUUUCAAAAUGAGUUUUCAAUUUUUCAAAAGUGUAUGAAGCUUGGUAUCAGAGUGCCUCAACAGGACUUUUUACAGAACCAGACUCAUAAGAAAAUUUUGGUACAAUAUUCUCUUGGCCAAGGCAAAGGUUUUGGCAAAGGCACCGGUGACUAUGACACGGAAAGAAACUCUUUCGUUUUAUUGGUAAUGGUAAUAGUACUAGUGAUGCUACUCAUUACCGCAGGCUGGAUAAUACUUGUAUUUACAGUAGAAAGUUUGUUCGACACAUUCGCAGACGCAAGCAUCUUUUCUAUUAUGGCAGUGAGUGUAUGCUUGCUGAUUUUAGACUAUACAAUGACGUGUGUUCCAGCCGCGCGCAAACCACCGUGUGCUAUGGUGACGUGUCGUUACGAUACAAUUAUUGUAUUUUAUGCGUUCCUCGCCACCUCAGCUAUAGUACUCGUUUGUGCAGCACUGGCUUGUACCCCGUUCGACUUUACAAGUUGUUGGCUGUAUUUUAUUGUAAUAUUAGUGGGGUUUUCAGUUGUUGCCAUGACUGUUUCUAUCGGUAUGAUGGUGACAGGCACUUAUCUAAAAACUGUGCAUCUCGCAAUUUUGUGUAUAGCUGUUCUUCUGCAGUCCGUGGGUUUAGUAAUGAAUCUGCAGAUGAUAUUAGGAGGAAAGAGUAUAGAAAUGGAAGAAGAUGACUAUCUCAUGGCUGCUUUCAUACUAUAUACAUCUAUCGUGAGAAUGUUUCUUAACCUUGUUCAGAUACUAGGGCUUUUGGAUCAAGAUUGA